AUGUUAGAUGAGGUUAUUGUGGCUGAUGCAGAGUGUGACAUUAAUAACAGAUACAUAUGGAGUACCAUUAGAUUUUAUAUUCUAUCAAGAAUAAAUGACUGUAAGGUUGAUGGCAAAGUCUAUCGCCCUGGGAGCAUAAAGAAGGUCUACUGCCAGGAAUGCAUUUGUAUAGAAGACAUGGAAAAUGACGACCACUAUGUGUGGGAAUGCGAAAGUCUGGAUUGUCUCAUCAGGGACUCGAUCAUAGACCAUGUAAAUGGGGGCAAUAAAGGGUGGAAAGCUGGUAGUUAUUCCUUUCUGCAGGAGAAAACAUUGGCAUUUGGAAUCAAGCACAAAUUGGGGACGUUUUUGCAAGGCAGUGAUGUAAUACCCACGAGGCAAAGCCAGGUGAAGGAAGAAGAGACUUUCCCAAGGGAAUACGACUUACGAAAGGAAUCAAAAGGAUACGUGUCUGCAAUCCGUAACCAGGGGGAUUGUGCGUCAUCCUGGGCAUUUAGUGCAACUGCUGUUACCUCAGAUCGGCUAGCAAUGGAAUCGUCUAAUGCAGUCAAGGUAGAUUUCUCCCCACAACAACUUAUCUCUUGUAUUGGGGACAAGAAAACUGCAUGUGCAGGGGGGCACUUGGAUAGAGCAUGGGAGUACAUGAGAGUACAAAGAGUUGUUGAUGAGAAAUGCUAUCCCUACGCAAGUAGUCUUGGCAGCUCCAUGGAAAACUGUCAAAUAGAAAGAUCAACAUUAAGAUCAAAGAAUGGUGUAUGCCCAAAGAAAGAACAAAUACCGAGAAAUAUAAUCUAUCAAAUGGAGAAACCCUACACGAUCCCUAGCGACGAAAGGGAGAUAAUGAAGGAGAUCCUCACCAAUGGUCCUGUCCAAGCCACUUUUGUUGUGCACGAAGACUUCUUCAUGUACAAAAGCGGUAUAUAUAGACAUUCUGUUGCACCAGAUGACAUAGGGCUAAGUGGCUACCAAUCUGUCAGAAUAGUGGGAUGGGGCUCUGAAUGCAGUUCUCAAGGGGAGACGAAAUAUUGGAUUGUUGCCAACUCCUGGGGAAAACAAUGGGGAGAACAGGGAUAUUUCCGAAUCCAGAAAGGCGUGAACGAAUGUGAAAUUGAGUCAUACGUGGUUGGUGUUACAGUCAAACCAAGUGUUGUGAAGAACCAGCUCCAAUCUGGUCCUAUUUAUGAUCUAACAGUGACCAGCCUGGGGAAUAUAAUUGCAAAAGGUGGGUCUACAACAAAGAUCUACAACAGCAAUACAUUCCAGAUGGUCAAAGAAAUAAACAAGGACUUCUUACGCCUUACAAAAACCACAGAUGGCCAGCUGGCAUUCACAACCUUCCCCUACAGCAACAAGAUCCUUAUAUACAGUGAGGAUGGGUCGCUCAUUCGUACCAUCACCUGUGCAGCACCUGAAAGUAGGCUACGUGCUAUAGCCUCACUGUCAGCAGGUUGGUUCAUAGUGACUGAUGACCAAACCAGAGGAGUCUAUAUGGUGGAUUCAGCAAAUGGGAACUCCACACUGAUCUCUCCAUCUGGUAUGUUCAGAGACCCUUAUAAUGUGGCAGUUGGCAUAAACAGUGAGAUCAUAGUAAGUGACUUUGAUGGUCAUUUCAUCAAAGUGAUCAACAGAGACGGCCAUGAAAUCCUCCAUUAUGGAGAGUUUGGCUCAGGAGAGGGACAGCUGUAUCAUCCCUAUGGUGUCUGCACAGAUAGCAAUGGAUUUAUUAUUGUAGCAGACAGAUUCAACCACAGGGUACAACUCCUCACACCCAACGCAACAUUUCAUAGUCUGCUCCUGACAUCUGCAGAUGGUGUGCACUACCCACAAGCUGUACAUGUGAAUGAGGCGGGUGAAUUGCUAGUGGGGGAUGAAAAAGGCAAGCUGUUCAUUGUCAACUACUGA